CAAUAUUAUAAUUAGUAUUUUUUUUUACUUAUAAAUACCUGUUGUAACCAUAUAUAUUGGAAAACCACUUUCUUUUUUUAUUGUUGAAAUAAAUAAGAUAUAAAAAGAUGCAUUCCAUUUAUUUUCCUUGGUUUUUAGUAAGAAAAAUUGAUAAUUUGUACAUGCCGGUCUCUCAGACCAGGUGGCUCUACUAAUGUUAUGGGAGUGAAGGCUCGAUAAAGGUGUUAAUGCAAGAUUUGAUGGGCGAUAGGGAUAUGGAAAUCUAUAAAUAUCUGAAAGCAUUCGGAUAUUUAAAUGGUAAUGUGAGCGGUUUACAUCACCAAACGGGGUAUACAACAAUGACGGAAGGGCUACGUAGAUUGCAGAGAUAUUUUCACUUACCGGUAUCAGGUGAAGUUGAUUUUAAAACUUUGGAUUUGAUUGGUAAGUCUAGGUGUGGGAAUCAAGACUUGGAAGACAUUUCAACGGACGCUAAACGUACGAUACAUCGGAAGUGGGGGAUCUCAACAGUUGAAUGGGCCAUCUAUAAUAAAUAUCCAGAUGGUUUUCCCAACAUCGUUGAAAGGGCAUUUGGGAUUUGGGCUAAGCAUAUAGAUUUAAAGUUUCAGAGCUCAUUUACCGACGUUAACAUUCUAAUCGGGUUUAAAGGUUACAACCAUACGUGCAUACGGAACGUAGGGUCAAUGUGCGGUAGUACAUUCAAAAAUGGAAUUUUGGCUCACGCUUACUAUCCCUAUAUUAAUGGACGUAAUGUUGAAAUCCACAUAAAUGCAGAUUUAGAGUUUGAUUUAUCUAACUCUACAGUAGAUGGGAAAUAUAACCUAUUUUUGGUAAUGGUACAUGAAAUUGGACAUUCCUUAGAUUUAACGCAUCGAGUUGAACUCGAUUCCAUCAUGCAUCCCAACUAUGGUCACAUAAGAAUAGAGGAUUUCAGGUUGAAUAGCAGCGAUAUUGCGGCAAUGCAAGCUAUAUAUGAGAGGCCCAAACUGUAUACAUCAUCGACCGUUUCAAGUCACGUUACGUCAUCAUAUAGGAGCACGACGAGUCGGCCUACGACAAAGCCUGCCGUUCAACCCUCAAUAUUUAGAGACGUUUGCGAGGUGGAUUCAACGUUUUCGGGUUUUUUAAUUCACUAUCAAACCAUGUACGUGUUUUACAAACAGUGGGUUUGGCUAAUGGAUUUAAAGUCUAAACGACCUAAACAACCCAAUCCUAUAGACAUAAAUGAUUGGCUGCCGACUUUGAGGAAUGUUUUUCGUACUGUAGACUAUAGUUAUAAAGUGUCUAUCUCGCCUAUAGGUGACCUUAUACUUAUAAUGGAAAAUUCAAUAUAUAGAAUUGAUUUUAAGAGUAUGAAUGUGCGGUCUGUGUGGCCAUUUACUUCGACCGAGUUAGGGUUUAACAAUUUUACUCGAGUUAACGGGAUAGUUACAAGCAAUUACGGCUUGCCAUACAUAUUUUUCGAUGACAUGUACGCAAUUCAAGUGGAUUUUAAUUACUUUAGAAAGGAGAGAGUUAUAGUUUCGAUGGGUGAACUUUUUCCGGGAAUUCCGACUUCUUUCAAUGGGGUUUACAAAGGUUCCGACGGCAUCUUCAAUUUCUUUGUUGGCGAUCGAAUCCUCCAAUACGAUGAAUAUUUAAAGGAGAUUGUAGACACCUCUCACAAGAGCCUAUCGAUAUUAGGGAUAACUUGCCCCUAUAUAACAAUUUUAGAUCAAUUGAAAUCCCUUCUCUCCGCAAUAAUUUCGACCAAUCUCUCAAUUCCCGUAAAUUAUUGA